AUGGCGUCGAUUUUGACUAGGACCGUCCACUUUAUAGUUGGAGGUGCUACCCUCCUCAGUGGAGGUCUCCUCGAUUGUCCGACGCCAUUUCAUGCUUCGUGUGAAGCAGGAAUUUCCAAUUUGGAUGCCUUGAUGAGAAACUUCACAGCAGAUGAGCCUGCGCUGUUGCUUCCAUUAAUUGAUAGGAAUUCCCCUUUUGUCCAGAUGCAUCCCCUCAGCUGGGCUGUCAAUCGUCUUGUCUAUCAAGGAAUGCUAGGGCUUGAAGUCUUCUCUACGGCACCUUCACUUCUUCAACAGCACAACGUGGACGGAAUCAGUUCCCGCGACUUGUCGGCUCUGCAAACAUCCGAAUUUCCUUUCCUGCUCAGCAACGUGGCAGUCUCUCCUGGUAACAGUUGGUCGGCUUACCAGAUCCCUCUAUACCUGGAUGAGGAAACUGGAUUGGCAGUCAUGUCAAUCAUUAAUGAUGGCGAACUUUAUACAGUAGAUCAGGUGGAAGCUGCCAUUGGUUUGCUCAACAACAUUGAACGCAUGAAUCGACAGUCUGGGUGCUACGGGGAAGACUCUGGACAAUAUCUCUAUGACUCUUAUUUCAACGACAACAACACGGCCGCAGAUAAUGAAACGAAAUGCUGGAUUCCAGUGAUUGUUUUUUCAGAUAUUCGAGCAAUUUUUGAGGAAUGGUUAAAGGUGGUCGCCAACCAUGACCAUCCACCAGCCCUUGUCGUCGAUAUCAAAGAAAAGAUUGAGAAGUAUGCUGAACCAACUUUGGUAGACGGGGUUUGGGUAGUGAGCUACGAAAUUAGCAACAGUCAGUACAACCAACUGACGCUUCAGAUUGCAGAUGGUGGUCUCGCUGUUGACAACGUGGAGCUCGUCGUUGUCGAUAUGGAGACUAUUCCAGACGAGCUCAAGGAUGAAUCGUAUGUGCGAUUGCAAACGUUCCUCAGCCAACUGGCUAGGGAAGCAGCCGGAAACGAUCCAGUGCUAGGCCAAUCGAUUGAAGUCCCCGUCCAACGCAGUGGGACCUAUCGACGAUGCAAAGCUGGCAGUUGCGAAACAGGCAAUCUCUACACAGAUGCCAUUCGCUGGUAUACGAAGUCUGAUAUUGCAUUUCAGGGAAGCGGAGGCUUCCGAGGUAGCGGAUGGGCGGCUGGUGGAGUCCAGGUGUCGGACCUUUGGGGUGCCUUGCCGUUCGAUAAUGACGUCUGCACUGGAGUAAUUUCAGGUGCAAACAUGUUCCAACUAUUCAACCAUUCGGUUUUCAAAGCCACCUUUGAAGGCGAAGAUACUGAGAAUGGAGGCCUUUUACUUCAAGUCUCAGGAAUGAGGCUGUCGUACAAUCUGGAGUUGCCAGACACAUCUCGUAUCGUCAAGAUGGAAAUCUGGAACGAAGAGACAGAUACCUACAGCGACGUAGAGCCACAGAAACUGUACAGCUUUGCUUCUGACUCCUAUAUUUGCUUUUCUGAAGACCUCUAUCCAGUCCUUCUUGGAGAGGAGAUGUUGGAUGGACCUGGUGAAAUUCCUGGAUUCGUUGGCGAUACCCCCAUUAUCCAGUCGGUUGCUGCAGAUUACUUGGCACAAUUCCAAGACAAACCCUAUGACCCCUAUAUUCCUGGAAGCCGCCUUGUGAAUCGAACAGACAUACUUGAGCCUCUAAACUUCAUCCAAACGGCCGAUGACUGUUUGCCAGACGAGUACUGGGAAGUAAAUAACUCAACAUGUGCACCAUGUCCCAGUGAACCAUCAGCGGCGUUCUUGAGUGAACGGGCGGAAUUCGAUGCCAAAGACAAUCUCUAUGUUGACAUCAAGCUUGUGAAUGUUGCGCUGUCAAGUAUUGCUGUGACGGUCAAGGCAUUGCCAAGUUACGUUGCUAUCGAAUCUGUCACGAAUGAAGCGGGGAAUACGACAAAAUUUAGCAUUUUCCAAAAGUCUAUCGGUAUGCUCCCAGGGGAAACUCUAACCUUGAAUGUUACGGUUGAUUUUGACGCUCUGGAACCCGGUACUGCUCAAGGGUCAGUCGCAUUUGGUGUGAUUGACGGUGGGAGCUUUCCGAAGUGCACCGGACGAGACGCAACUUUUGAAGUGUUCGCUCGUAAGUAUCCUUCCGAGCAACUAAAUCAGUUGGGAAGUCUCCGAUAUGUCGGGUUCGCUUUGGCUGCUAUUGCGUGUGUCCUAGCACUCGCUGCUACCUUAUGGGUUUUCAUGUUCCGCGAGAAGCAUGUGGUCAAAGUCAUGCAACCGAACUUCCUGUGUAUGAUUUCAAUUGGUGUCUUCAUUUUGGCACUAGCAAUCGUCCCAGCAAGUAUUGAUGAUCAAAUCCUAUCGGAGGAAGCGGCCGGUAUGGCUUGCAUGUCAGUUCCCUGGCUGCUAAGCAUUGGCUUCACAAUAUCAAUGUCAGCCCUCUUCUCGAAAUUGUGGAGAAUCCACCGGCUAUUUGCUGCCACUCGACGGGGCCGAAGAGUCCAAUUGAAAGAAAAGGAUGUGAUUGCUCCAUUUGCUCUAAUGUUUUUGUUCAACUUCAGUGUUGUCCUGGCUUGGACCAUCUGGGCUCCGCUCAAAUUCGAACGAGUAAUUGUGGUGGACGAGCCUUGGAAUUCCUAUGGUAACUGUCAGUCGGAAGACGAGCAACUGGGCAAUAUUUUGACUGCUGUCGCAUUCUUGGUCAAUGCAGGUCCCCUUGUGGCUGCUGCCUACAUGGCGUAUCAAGUUCGCAAUGUGAGCGACGAAUUCUCAGAGGCCAAACGGGUUGGGCUUGCUCUGUUCAUGUGGGUGCAACUAUUCCUGGUGGCCGGUCCCAUGUAUUUUCUAAUCAAAUCAGACAACCCAUCUGGUCGAUAUUUCUUGGAAAUUGGAUCCAUGUUUGUUAUUUCUGUGUCGAUGCUUUCGUUGAUCUUUGUUCCCAUCGUUUGGUCGAAACAGAAGCACUCGAUGAUGUACUCACGGCGGAACCUUGGUGAAGAAUACAAUGAGAGUUCAGCAGCAGACGAAUCAAAAGUCUCACAAGCAGCCUCUCGGCUAGGUUCAGAGUAUCAGGGCUCUCAACAGUACAAUAGAGAGAAUCGGUUGGAACAGUACUCGUUGCGCAACAAGGGACCAAAAGUGACUGGUGUCCAUUGGUCACCAACACCAGCGAAUCCUCGACAAGAUCCCCACUUUAAUAAUGAGCCGAAAGAGCAAUCACACUCUUCAUAUGGAACGACAGACAUGGAUCCUUUGGAUGAGAGCGAACACGAAGAGUAG